GCCAAAGUUCAGCCGCAGGCGACGCCGCCCUCUUUUUUCCUUUUCCCCUUUGGAACCCUACCUCGUCCGAACCCGCCCCUCCUCCUCGCCGAACAAAUGUCCGACCGCCGCCGCGACAAGGAGAGGCCCCGCGAGCGCGGCGGCUACGACCAGCCGCGGGAGCGCGACCACGACGGCCACCGCGACGCCGAACGCCACCGCGACAGCCACCGGGACCGGGACCGGGACCGGGACCGGGACGUCGACCGCCACCGCGACCGGGACCGCGGCCAGGACAAGGAGCGGGACCGGGACCGGGACUACCGCCGCGCCCGGAAGCGCUCCCGCUCCCGCUCCCCCUCCCCCUCGGCCGACAGGGACCGCUCCCGCCGCCGCCGCUCCCACUCCCACUCCCACCGCUCCCGCUCCCCCGACGCCGGCCGCCACAAGCGCCGCCGCGAGGGGUCGCCCGUCGCCGACCCGAAGGAGGACAGGAAGCCGGACCUCCCCUCCGCCCCCAAGGCCGCCGAGGAGGCCGCCCCGGUGGGCGACGGGGACGUGGACGCCGAGGAGAUGGAGAUGAUGAAGAUGAUGGGGAUCCCCGUCGGGUUCGACUCCACCAAGGGCAAGUAUGUCCCCGGCGCCGACGUCAGCGGCGUGCGCGCCGUCACCAAGCGCCAGCCGCGGCAGUACAUGAACCGCAGGGGCGGGUUCAACCGCCCCCUGCCGCCCGAGGUCAACCGCUGAGGAGGAUGGUGUAUCAAUGCAGUAUACCUCGUUGCUGGAUUGCAAACUUGCAGUGGACUUCUAGACUUCUUUGCUGGCCAUAGCAAGGGUUGAGC